UUAAGGGCGCAAUACACAAGUCGUAGACCAUAUAGAGAACACGUCUUUGCCAAGAUAUCAGCGCCACCAUGUGCAAGUUCUAUUGCAUGUCCGAGGGCCCCAGCACGAACCUUAAAUGUCUGCAUUGUGGAAAACGGUACUGUGCGGCAUGCUUGCACGGGGAGUUUGAAGGCAAAAUGAAGUCGCUGAUCAAAUGCGGUGCAUGUGGCAAGAACCCCAGCAGCAAACCGAACACGGAGCGCGGCUCGUGGCAGGGCACGAAGGUGCCUCCUCGUGUCGCCGACAACACUGGCAACUAGGCAGCGGGUCUCACCACGGGGGAGGGCGUGGGGUGCUGGGAUGGUGAGGUGUUUCUUUACAUAGCGCGCGAACUGUGGUACAAUACAUACCGUACAUAGUGGCACGCUCAACCUUCAUUCGGGCCUUCGCAGUGUGUUUCCAUGCAUACAGAUGGAAUGUGCUCCCGUUUUGGACUGGUCAACGCUCAAGGACCGGUUGAGGGUUCCGAAAUGGAGCAUCGGGCGUCGGUGUCAACCCAUGGCGGGUAACACAUACAUGGCACGGAACGUUAUACGUACGUAACCGCUGGUUUUGGGUUAGUACUCAACAGCUUUUAUAAAUGGAUCUAUAUCGAUGAGCAGUCGAGAGGAGCGGGGUGAGCGGUUUAUGCAUCUCGAUGAGGCUGUAUGGGCGCUCGUGGUGUAUGUAGAGGGUAUUGUGCGUGUUUGUGGGAUCAAGGAAGAAGCACGAGGUUUAAGAUGGCCGUUGGCGGGUAAUGAGGUGUGGUGUAAGCGUUUGUGCCUUUGUGGCGCAGCUGGAUUAGGAGGCGGAGGCAAUCAGGCAACCCCAGUUAGUUGACAUGCUGUCCGGCGAUGUCUGUCGAUGCGUGUGUCGAUGAGGGGGCGCCGCUUUGGCGGCCGAUAGCCCCCAUACACCCCACCACCGCCCCCAAGUGGGCACAAACGCUUAGUGUGAAGGCGGUCCCGUCGCUGGAUGGGGCCGCUCCGUGCGGGUGGGGCGCGGCGCAUGGACGAGGAGGGGGGGGUUACAUUCAUGAUUAAUUAAGAAGUGAAGUCGUAGACGGGUACAGUUGCAGCGUAGACGCGUUGUUACCGAUGUCCGUGAAGUCCAGCGGCCAGCUCCAGCGCGUAGACCCGCCGAAGGCUGCUGCUGCUGCUCUCCCAUUUUGUCUAACGACUAUUGGGGGGGGGGGGGGGGGUUGAGGCCCCCAGUUGACACCCUGAGACCAGGAGAAGAUGACA